UCUACUUGGGUCAUAUAAAGUAAAUACAACAACUGAAAUGGAAACCAGUAGUAAGUGCAAGACUAGCUCAGAAAAGCUAGACCGGAAAACACAGGAAAAAAAUAGAAGAACACAAAUGAAGUAUCUUUCUUCUAAGCUCUUUUCUCUCAUUCCUCCUCACCACCACCAGUCUACAAAGGAGAUGCUGACACAACAAGACCAAAUUGAUCAAGCCAUUAGUUACAUUGAGAAAUUAAAAGAACGAGUAGAGGUAUUAAAGAAAAGGAAGGAUGAGGUGGUAGCACAAGGCAGAGGUGAUCAUUCAAAGAAAUUCAUGCUUACAACUACUUGUACUACAACAAAAAUAGCUAUGGUUGAUGUUAAAGAGUUGGGUUCAACUUUAGAGGUCAUUUUAGUGAGUGGCUUGGAAAAGAAGUUCACCAUGCAAGAGGUUAUAAACAUCAUAGAGGAAGAAGGAGCUCAAGUUGUUUCCGCUAGUUAUUCAACAAUUGCCGAUAAAGUUUACUAUACGAUCCACGCUCAGGUGAAAAUUACGAGAUUAGGGGUUGAUGCAUCGGGGAUCUAUUUGAGAUUACAAAAGCUGGUUUGCUAGUUUAGUUUUAUAUCAACAAGGAAAUACUAUUAGGGGACUUUGGUUGGGAAAGAGUUAUUUUGACAUAAUUAAUUUUGGGAUUAGUUAUUCCAUCAUGUAUAUGGAACAACUUAUUCCAUCACUAUAUUGUAAAUGGUGGGAUAAAUGAUCUCGAUGCUAACUAAUACAUCCAAUCAAAUAUGGAAUAAAAUAAUCCUUCAUUUUAUCCCGAAACUACUUAUCCCUUAUACCUCACACCAAACGACUCCUUAGAAUUUGACCUAAAUUUCACCUGAUUUUCUAUCAGAAUUAAAAUUACUUUUAUUGAUGGAAAAAGGUUUCGUUGUUAAAAAGAAUCUCUUUUCCAUUAGGUUUAAUUUAUUAUUUCUUAGGAAGGAUUUUGUAGUUUUAUAAAUAGAAAAUAUCUCUUCUAAAAGUAUAACACAACAUCCACUCAUCAA